AUGAUCUCAGUUGAUCUUUCUCUCGCCGUCAUCUCAUCGAUCCUUUUCGCCCUAUGUUUUGCCGCACCAUUGCAAGAUAUCGGCUUCGAUAUCAGUUAUGAGAAGGACCCACCAGGUCGGGGUACAAUCACCAUUCUCUGGAGCUGCGUCUUCACUUUUGCUCUCUGUACCUGGACUUCAGUUCACCCGAAUAUCCUUCCUCCCGGUUCCACCUCCAUUGGUCGCCUCAAAUAUAAGCUUCUGUGGAUGUCAUUUGCAAUGCUAUUCCCGCAUGGAAUAAUGCUCUGUGCAUUUGGUCAAUGGCGUGAAGCAAAGAGGCUUCACAAAUUCUGGCUUGAGAGGUUCGAAAUUAAUGUUAAAAAUCAAUAUGACCACAUGGGUAUUGAGGGCGGAUUCUUCCUCCUGAUGGGUGGAUUUACAUUGCCAAAGGAAGAGGGAGAGGAAGACGGAUACAUACCGGUACUGACGCCAUAUGGCUUUGUCACUUACGUGCAGGCCGGCAUGAUCGACCAGUCUUCCUUUGACAGAAGAUUCAUCAACGAUAAAGGCAAGGCCAGUAGCGUUGCAAAGCUUAUUACGCUGGUCCAGGCGGGUUGGUUGAUAUUUCAGUGCACCACACGUGUCGUUGCUGGGUUGCCAAUCACCCUGCUGGAGAUUCAUGUCACCAACCAAGUUCUCUGCGCGGCUGUUUCAUAUUUCUUCUGGUGGCAUAAACCUUUGGAUGUCAACGAGCCCAUGGAGAUUGGUUUGAAGACCGGAAUGGUUCCUAGACCCUUGUCAGCCGAACAACGACAGCAGCUUAAACAACCUGAGCUUGUAAGAAGGGAAAAUGUGUACUACUCUCAGAGUGGAUACGAAAUUACCGAAAAGUCACGGUCAGACCUGCUGGUUUUGAUGUUAAGGGUCAUCUACGAUAUAUCGGAAUUUCUCUUUGGAAAUGACACUCAAGCAAAGUUGGCAAUUUCGAGUACCAUUUUGAAGAACUGUCACCAGGGUUGGACGGUCGGGCGCUUGACUAAGAAGAGCCUUACACCUGAGACAGUAGCGGAGAACGAAAUAAGGAUGGGCGACGUCGCAAGUCAUUCGAACGAGUCCGCAUGCAUCGAUAUUUAUCGUGCAACCCCACCUACCCGUGAUCCGACAUAUACCUUCCUCAAUUGCAAAGACACCUUAACUCGCUCAAUGAGUACCAAUACCACUUCGCGGAUCAGCACCUCUUCGAACAAUCCUGAUACAUCCAUACCUAGGAAUAUUUUGGACAAGCUUGUCGUGGGAAUAUUCCUCAUUUCUGGUGGAGGCUUUCAUCUCGCUGCAUGGAAUGUCUCAUUCCCUACCAAUCUGGAAUGGCUACUUUGGAUUAUAUCCUGCAUGGGUAUCUGUCUCGGAUCUCUGUUUCUUACUGCUAUUUUUCUUUUGACGGACUGGGAAAAACAGUAUCUGCGUGCUCUGUGGGAAACCCGCUUCUAUGAUCAUGAUCUUUUGGGCCAUAUGUGGGCUAGACUCAUUAAAGAGAGUAGGCUUUCUGCGAUGUUUUAUCAAACACCUGUAUGGGACGGAUAUUGGCCUCAUAUCAGUGGUUAG